AUGUCUUCCAGAAUCGCUUCCUGCGCCCUGCGCUCGGCAGGCCGAGUAAGCUUGAGCUCAGGCUCUCGCCUUACUGUAGCCCCUCUACGAAUGGCUCGCGCAGCUGCUGUGGCGAGGCGAACAUCACAAAGAGGAUAUGUCACCGAGACCAAGAGGGAUAAUGCCCAGGUCGAGACGGCUAUCAAACUCGACAAGACGGCUUUUGCAGAUAUUCCUCCCCCUGGCACUCCCUCCAAUGCCAAGGUUAGCCCAAUGGCUGAGGUCUUGAAGUCAGCAGCAGUCAUGGAAGAGGGCCAGCGCCCUAUCUACCUCGAUAUGCAGGCUACCACACCUGUCGAUCCUCGAGUCCUCGAUGCUAUGAUGCCCUUCUACGUCGGCGUCUAUGGUAACCCUCACUCGCGGACACAUGCCUACGGUUGGGAAAGCGAGAAGGCCGUGGAGGAUGCGCGUGAGCACGUUGCCAAGCUUAUCGGAGCUGACUCCAAGGAAAUUAUUUUUACCAGUGGUGCUACUGAAAGCAACAAUAUGAGCAUCAAGGGUGUUGCUCGCUUCUUUGGCCGUUCUGGCAAGAAGAAGCACAUUAUCACAACACAGACUGAGCACAAGUGUGUACUUGAUAGCUGUCGUCAUCUUCAAGAUGAGGGUUUCGAGGUCACGUAUCUGCCUGUUCAAAAUGAUGGACUCAUCAAGAUGGAAGAUCUUGAGGCUGCCAUCCGACCCGAGACUGCUCUCGUCAGUAUCAUGACUGUCAACAACGAGAUUGGUGUCAUCCAGCCUAUUGAGAAGAUCGGCAAGCUGUGCCGAUCAAAGAAGAUCUUCUUCCACACUGAUGCUGCUCAGGCUGUGGGCAAGAUCCCUCUCGACGUCAAUGCCAUGAACAUUGACUUGAUGUCGAUUUCGUCACAUAAGAUUUACGGUCCCAAGGGUAUUGGUGCCUGCUAUGUCCGAAGACGUCCCCGAGUUAGAUUGGACCCCCUCAUCACCGGUGGCGGUCAGGAGAGAGGUCUUCGAAGCGGAACUCUUGCUCCGUCACUUAUUGCUGGCUUUGGCGAAGCUUGUAGAAUCGCCAAGGAGGAAAUGCCUUACGACACAAACCGCAUCAAGUACCUCUCAGACCGUCUACUCAACGGCCUUUUGAGCAUGGAACACACAACACAGAAUGGUGCCCCUGAUUCCUUCUAUCCCGGUUGCGUCAACGUCUCCUUUGCUUACGUCGAGGGAGAGUCACUCCUGAUGGCUCUUAAGGACAUUGCCCUGUCUUCGGGCAGUGCUUGUACUUCUGCCUCACUAGAGCCCAGCUACGUCUUGCGUGCGCUUGGCAACAGUGACGAAAGCGCUCAUAGCAGUAUCCGAUUCGGCAUCGGUCGUUUCACCACUGAAGCGGAGAUCGAUUACGUCCUCAAGGCAGUUCAAGAGCGUGUUAGUUUCUUGCGCGAGCUGAGCCCUCUGUGGGAGCUCGUACAGGAGGGUAUCGACCUCGACACUAUCCAGUGGAGCCAACAUUAG